AAAUUACAUUUAUCACAUUUAUAACUAGAUAUCUAUCAGAACGCUAUUAUAUUGUAAUAUUUUUUAUCGUAAAAAAAAUAAUAUAACAUCGGCAAUUUUUUUGCAAAUGACACAUGUUUGAAAAAGUGCACUCUUUUUUUAUCUCAAAUUUAAACAAAAUUUAUCGGUAUUUGACUCACGCAUUUAAUAAACACACCAGGAAACUCUUUCGUAAAAAAUUUGAAAGUGAUAAAAAUUCUGAAAUUGCAAAGAUACAUAUUACUGACACUGACAUGAUGUGUGAUUAUUGUUUCUGGAUCAGAGAGAUGUUGGCCAGAAUUAAUGCCGAAACGCAGAUUGAGAAGAGGAAAAAGAUAGUGCCACGGGUGGAUCCGGUUGUCAUUGUUCACGGAGGCGCCGGGAAAAUUCCACGAUAUGCGCGAGAAUUUAUGCUCGACGAGGUGAAAAAUGCCGCUGUGGCAGCGUAUCGCGAUCUGAUUAAAGGAUGCUGUUCGCUAGAUGCAGUUGAGCGUGCGAUUUGCCACAUGGAGAGCAAGAAAUAUUUUAAUUGCGCGUAUGGAGGUUCCUUAGACGCUAACGGCGAGGUCGUGAUGGACGCUGCGAUAAUGACGAACGAUUUACGCGUGGGUUGCGUAGGCGCCGUUCGAAAUAUAGCACAUCCUAUAACAUUAGCCAAACUGGUCCUGCAACAAACGGAACACAUAUUGAUAGUCGAAGACGGAGCGCAGAAGCUCGCCUUGGAAUCAAAUUUUCCCACUUUGUCCCCCGGUAAAUUAAUCGUAACGAUUGAUUCAAAGACGUCGUUACACGAAGAAGGAGAUAACGAAACAUUGAACGAUACGAGAAAGACACAACAACUGUUACAAGACGGACAGAAACAAUCCGAUACGAAGGAAUGUAUACCGGGAUGUGUAAUCGAAAGACACGAAGAGGAAAAAAGCGAUACCUCGGAUAUCACAAUUAUUAAAUCAGACGAAUCUCCGAUCGAGCCUGAUAUUUUACAGCUUGGCGCGGUUGGAGCAGUGGCAUACGACCGUAAAAAGCGUCUUGCCAGCGGGACUUCGACGGCCGGAGAAACGGGAAAGUUAUACGGAAGCGUGAGCGCGACCGGUACAGCGAUCGGUUGCGGCAUUUACGUUGAUCAAGGUGGCUCGGUGUCUGUUUCGGGUUGCGACAAUGUUAUCUACAAAUACGCGCCAGCACAGCGAAUCCUUCGGCGAUUGCAAUGCAAAACAACAUCGAUCGAUGAAGCGAUCACCGCGGUAUUACGGGAUCUCGAGGAAAAAAUCGGCGUAUCUUCACCGAAACCCGAUGUGGGCGUGAUCGCAGUGACCGCCGAAGGAAUACCGUCCGUGUCCUUCAAGUGCGCGCACUUUCCCUGGGCAUACUGCGACAAAGGCUACGUUUAUUACGGAUGCACGAAAAACGAAAGAUUUUCGGAGAAGCUCGACGUUCUCGAACGUCCAUUAGACUGCAUGUGCGAAGAUUCCGAUUAGCUGAAAGCACAGUCAAGCACAGAGAACCUACCAAUCUUGAUCAAAGUUUGAGUUGCAGCAAAUUUAAUGGUGUUCUAUGUUUAACUUACGGGAAAGAUAAUGCUGAGAUUGCCUUCGUAAGGCCCAUACAACAAGAAUGCAGG